AUGCGUGAGAUCCUGUCCAUCCACCUUGGUCAGGGCGGUAUCCAAACCGGUAACGCCUGCUGGGAGCUCUACUGUCUCGAGCACGGCAUCCAACCGGAUGGCACGAUGCCCGGUGACACGUCCAUCGGCAGUGGCGACGACUCGUUUUCGACGUUUUUUGCCGAGACAGGCGCAGGGAAACACGUGCCCCGUGCUGUGUUUGUUGACUUGGAAGCUACGGUCUGUGACGAGGUACGGACCGGUACGUACCGUCAAUUGUACCACCCGGAGCAGAUCAUUUCGGGCAAAGAAGAUGCAGCCAACAACUAUGCACGAGGACACUAUACUAUCGGCAAGGAAUACGUGGAUUUGGUCCUGGAUCGUGUGCGGAAACUGGCCGAUGCCUGUACCGGUCUCCAGGGCUUUAUGGUCUUCAAUGCAGUCGGUGGGGGUACGGGUUCUGGCCUUGGCUCGUUGCUGCUCGAGCGGCUCUCGGUCGACUACGGCCGGAAGAGCAAGUUGGGCUUUACCAUCUACCCGUCACCUCUCGUGUCGUCGGCGGUCGUCGAGCCUUACAACUCGGUGCUGUCCACGCACUCCCUGCUGGAGCACACGGACGUGGCCGUGAUGCUGGACAAUGAAGCUAUCUACGAUAUCUGUCGUCGCUCGCUCGAUAUCGAGCGUCCGUCGUACACAAACCUGAAUCGACUCAUUGCUCAAGUGAUUUCGUCGCUGACUACCUCACUGCGUUUUGACGGAUCGCUCAAUGUGGACAUCAAUGAGUUCCAGACGAAUUUGGUGCCGUAUCCGCGCAUUCACUUCAUGCUGAGCUCGUACGCGCCUGUAAUCUCAGCUGAAAAGGCUUUCCACGAGCAGUUGUCGGUGGCUGAGAUCACCAAUAGCGCCUUUGAACCCACCUCGAUGAUGGCCAAGUGCGACCCACGUCAUGGAAAGUACAUGGCCACGUGUCUCAUGUACCGAGGCGACGUUGUCCCCAAGGACGUGAAUGCUGCAGUGGCCACCAUAAAGACGAAGCGCACUAUUCAAUUCGUGGACUGGUGUCCCACAGGGUUUAAGUGCGGCAUCAACUACCAGCCGCCAUCUGUGGUGCCAGGUGGAGAUCUCGCUCGCGUCCAGCGUGCAGUGUGCAUGAUCUCGAACACGAGCGCCAUUGCUGAGGUCUUCUCUCGCAUCAACCACAAGUUUGACCUGAUGUAUGCAAAGCGUGCGUUUGUGCACUGGUUCGUGGGCGAAGGUAUGGAAGAAGGUGAGUUUUCUGAGGCCCGCGAGGACCUUGCGGCGCUGGAGAAGGAUUACGAGGAGGUGUCGGCUGAGACCGCAGAGGGUGACGAAGAGGAAUUUGGUGAAGAGUAUUAG